UCUACUAAUAUUAAUUCAAACAAUUUUCAUUCUUUACUUUUCUAAUUUAGACUCAUUUUGUCUUUUUCAAUAAGUAAAACGGACCCAACCCCAAUUAUAUGAUAUCUUUGACCACACUAUAGUAAAAUAUCAAGUGUAGAAUCUGACUAAAUCACCCUGGUCUACCACCUUGCUCCGCUCCGGCGAAUCCAUUGCCGAUCAUUAUUCCGGCGAAAUUGAGUCGUAGCCAUGAAGAGGGCUAUGCCAUUUGGUGAACAAGUGGAUGUCUCAUCUGAUGAAUCAUCUUCAUCUGAUGGGGAUGAGCAUAAAGCAGAAAGCGAGCAGAUGAGCAAUAACAUUGCUGUCGACCAAGUUGUUGAAGAACUUGUUUCUGAAGAUGCAUUUCUCAGAAGAGCGAGAAUGUACCAAGAGUACAUGCAGCUGGUUCCUAUCCCCACACAGACUCACUCCUCUAUUCCUUGCACCUCUUGGGCAGGAUUGGCACAGGACCCCGUGCCAAGUGAUCCAGGCACCCAGCCAUAG